ACUUUACGUGCUGGAGUUUACAAGCCUUGUCAACGCAGUUUUCGUGAGUGGUCCUCGGGAAUUCAAUCCGAAACCAGAAAUCCGGCGGAAGAGGGUAGAUAUGGCUAUUGCCGACGAUGGCCACCGCCGAGGAAAGUGGCGGCUGUGCUCACUUUGGCAUACAGAAGUUCGAUCUUCUUCUACGCAGAAUCUGUAUAGCCAGUCGCGAAAUCCCGGCAAUCCCGACGGUGGCGGCGCUGUUGCGAUUGCUCGUUCCUCGGCUGUGUCCUCUGUUGCCAGAUCGCUUCUUCCGGCGCGGCGUAGACUCCGGCUGGAUCCUUCGAGCAGCUUGAUUUUCCCCUAUGAACCGGGAAAGCAAGUGAGGAGUGCUGUCCGGAUUAAAAAUUCCAGCAAGUCUCAUGUGGCGUUUAAGUUUCAAACUACAGCACCAAAGAGUUGUUUUAUGCGACCUCCUGGUGGCAUACUUGCUCCUGGACAAGCCAUCAUAGCUACUGUAUACAAGUUUGUUGAGCAGCCGGAGAACAAUGAGAAACCUAUAAAUCGAAAGAGCAAGGUUAAGUUCAAGAUUAUGAGCUUGAAGGUGAAAGAAGGAACAGAUUAUGUGCCUGAAUUGUUCGAUGAACAAAGGGAUCAAGUAUCUGUAGAACGUAUUCUGAAGGUUGUUUUCUUGGACCCGGAGCGUGCAAGUCCUGCCCUUGAUAAGCUGAAGCGACAAUUGGCCGAGGCUGAUGCUGCAUUAGAAGCUCGCAAGAAUCCUCCUGCUGACACAGGUCCUCGUAUGGUGGGCGAAGGGCUUGUUAUAGAUGAAUGGAAGGAACGGAGGGAGAAAUAUCUUGCGCGACAACAAGUUGAGGCAGUAGACUCAGUGUGAAGUGGCGUUUAAUGACAGAAAUUGAACAUCGCCACUGUGUUUCAUAGCUGUGACAACUGAUGUAAGAAGCUCACAAAAGCCUCUAUGUUGUUGAUAACAAGUCCAUGGUAGAGUUGAUAGAUAAAUAGAUCGAUAGAGUGAGGUAAAAACAUCCCUGCCAGUCUUGUAAAAAUUUUCACACCUUGCAGUAAUUAAAACUCAAUAUGUUAUGGUUCUGUAA